ACCUUAUCACAGAGCUGAAGGCUGUUGGAAACAUUAUUUGUCAAAACCUUGUAUACCCUGUCCUGUAUGUGGAAAGCCUACUUCUGCUGAUCCUGGUCGAUAUAAGAAAUAUGCCACACUCAAUAGUAGGAGUACAGCAAAUACUUUGGAGGAAGAAACAGAUUUUAAUGAUUUUUUAGACAAAUAUAAAAAAAUAAUUGGUAGUAAUAAAAAAAUGGGAAUUAGUGUUAUUCUUAAUA